AUGGUCCGUAACAUUCCUAGUCAAGAUGUUAGCGAAGUCAGCAUGAUUCCACAGGGAGCAAACGAAUCUAGGCCUAUAGAGCCCUCUAUCUUCCUCCAUCUAACGCAUGACCCUACAUUGGGCGAUUCCCUGGCCGGAGCCCAAAUGAAAAUGGAAUUAUUUGCUGAUGUAGUUCCUAAAACCGCUGAAAAUUUUAGACAGUUGUGCACGGGAGAAUACAAAAAAAAUGGUGUACCGCAAGGUUAUAAAUCUGCAACUUUCCAUAGAGUAAUUAAAGAUUUUAUGGUCCAAGGUGGCGAUUUUGUGAAGGCUGAUGGGACUGGUUCAUUUAGUAUCUAUGGAGAGAAAUUUUCUGAUGAAAAUUUUGAACUUAAGCACAAUGGGCCUGGUCUUCUCUCAAUGGCAAAUAGCGGACCUAAUACCAAUGGAUGUCAGUUUUUCAUAACAUGCGCUAAGUGUGAUUUUUUGGAUGGAAAACAUGUCGUUUUUGGGAAGCUCAUUGAUGGUUUGCUAACACUGAGGAAAAUAGAAAAUGUUUCGACUGGACCUGGGAAUCGACCGAAACUGCCUGUAGUCAUAACAGAAUGUGGUCAAUAUUAA